AUAUAUGUUGAUUUCACGCUACAUUCGGAGCAUUGCUCAGCAUUGUUAUAAGAACUCACACGUCAAGAUCGUGUCAAGCAGGAGAUGUUAAUUUAUCCGCGAUUAUCGUUCCAAUAUUGACAAUAUAUGCCAGAAAGAAAAUAGCACGAUAUAUCGCUUUUGUAAUAUAUAAAAAAGAUUCUCUGACGUGAAAAUUGCGUCUUUUCGGAAUUUUGCGGAACAAUUAGAUUAUCAGUAGAUUAAUUUUUCUUGAGAAGGACACAAUCGGAUUUGAAAACUAUCAGACCUCUCUUACGUUUUGUUGGCGCAAGAAGGACUGUCUGUCCCAGCGGGCUUUAUGAGCAAGCAGGAUUCAUUCUAUAGUUAGAUAUAAGUGUCUCCCUAAGCGCUUACAACAGCUUACAUACAGCUUUGUUUUCCCCAGAAAUUCGCAGUGGGCCGAAAAUAAACACGGAACCGGCGUGACGCCGGGAACAGACGUCUCCUUUGACGCGAUCGUAGUGCUUGGAAGACUCAGGAAUCACACCAUGUCGUCCCUCGUGCAGAUAGACGGCAGUUUGGGCGAGGGUGGUGGACAAGUGUUACGAAUUGCUCUCAGCUUGAGCACGCUCUAUGGUAUCCCCAUCGAAAUCGAGAAUAUACGUGCUGGAAGGCCCAAGCCUGGUCUCGCGGCACAACAUUUGAAAGGUGUGGAACUUGUUAAGGAGAUGUGUAAUGCCCAAGUCAGAGGUGGAUACAUAGGAUCGACACGUUUGGAAUUCCGUCCGGGUCCACUAAACAAAACCAAGAGAACGUUUGUAGCAGACACAAAAACUGCUGGAUGCAUUUGCUUACUGGCGCAAGUAGCACUGCCGUGUGCCCUCUUCUUUCCAUGUAACGAUACGAUCACGCUCAUUUUUAAGGGUGGAACGAACGUUCCUAUGGGGCCACACAUAGAAUAUAUGACAGAAGUAUUCAAACCAUUGCUGAACAAAUUCGGAGCAAACUUUGAUUUCGUAGUUGUGAAGAGGGGAUAUUAUCCAAAGGGAGGAGGCGAGGUACAUUUACGCAUAAAACCGAUCAGUAGCUUAAACGCGAUUACCUUAAUCGAUCUGGGAAAUCCUCGAGGAAUAACAGGAUGGUCUUAUGUGGCUGGAUCAGUUCACAUAAAUGAAGCGCAUACAAUGGCCAAUGAUGCCAAAGCAAUUUUAACAAAUAAAUUAGUGAAAAGUAACAUUCGAGUACCACCAAUUACGAUUGAAGCUUACAGAGAAGACAGAGCAAUGGCUGUUGGAAACGGCUCUGGUAUUAAUAUAGUGUGUAACACCAGCACGGGAUGCGUUCUCGGCGGCUCCGGAUUAGGUUCCGGAAGACAAGAAGGACCGCCGGCAGGUGAAACAGCAGCUAACGAGAUUUUAAAGCCACUCCUGACAGGGGCGUGUGUUGACGAACAUACGCAGGAUCAGAUGAUAAUUUUAAUGACAUUGGCGAAAGGUACUUCGCAAAUCAAAGUCGGAGAUAAGAAGCUCACUUGUCACACGGAAACUGCUAUGCAGGUUGCAGAAAUAAUGUUGGGUAAACGCGGACUUCGCUUCAACUUGUCAAAAAGUGCCGAAGAUGGGGACACUUCAUCUUAUAUUUUGGAAUGUCAGGGAUGUGGGUUGAUUAACGAUAAUGUGGUUAAACAAUGAACAUAUGAUGUUUUAUAUUUAUCGUUGCGCACAUGUUUUGACGUAAGUAUUAUGUCGAUCAAUUGGCUUUCAUAUUUGCCAUUAUUAAGUAAAUUGCAACGUCGACAUUAACAUUCACAUAUACUUUCAAGAGAAUUUUGUAAGAAGUUGAAGUCGUUUAAGUAAUACAGUUCAUUAACAAACAUCAUUAUAUAUACAAUGUGCUAUGAUUUUCUGUGUGCUAAAUCAUGAUUAUUUGUUUAAUGUACUGUAUCCUAAAAUUAACACAUCAAGCAAAAAGUUUUCAAACGAA